GCUAAGUGUCGAUCUCAUGGUGGUUUCUGUAUAUAUACAUAGUUUUAUUGACCUUUUCUUAUCAUCAUCAUCAUCAUCAAAAAAGAAUAUUGAAGUAAGUUUUUAAAAAAGAUUACAAAUUAUAUAAAUAAAUUAAUUUAUAUUGUGAGAUUGGGAAUUGAAGGUCGGGAUGGAGAGUUAUUUGAAUGAGAAUUUUGGAGGGGUGAAGGCAAAGAAUUCGUCACAAGAAGUGUUGCAAAAGUGGAGAGAUGCGUGUGGUCUUGUUAAGAACCCGAAACGGAGGUUUCGGUUUACGGCUAAUAUCGAAAAACGUAAUGAAGCUGCUGAUAUGAUUCGUGCUAAUAAGAACUUGAGGGUUGCCGUUUUGGUGUCAAAGGCAGCCUUUCAGCUAAUGCAAGGUGCAGAAACCAGCAGUUAUGAAUUACCUGAGGAAUUCAAGACUGCUGGUUUCGGUAUCAGUGCUGAUGAAGCAGGAACACUUGUUGAAAGUCGUAACCCCGAAAAGUUGAAAAACCAUGGUGGGGUAGAUGGUCUUGCAAACAAGCUUAAAACAUGUACUACUAAUGGGCUUGCAAUGGAUGACAAACAGUUGACUUGCAGACAGGAACUUUUUGGAACUAAUGAGUUCACCGAACGUGUGCAGAGGAGCUUUUUGGUGUUUGUAUGGGAAGCCCUGCAAGAUAUGACACUUAUGGUUCUUGCUGCGUGCGCUUUUAUCUCUUUGAUUGUCGGCAUUGCAACUGAAGGAUGGCCAAUGGGAGCUCAUGACGGUCUUGGAAUUGUUGCCAGUAUCUUGUUGGUGGUGUUUGUAACCGCGACUAGUGAUUAUCGUCAAUCUCUGCAGUUUAGGGAUUUGGAUAAAGAGAAAAAGAAGAUAUCUAUUCAAGUUACUAGAAACGGUUUUAGGCAAAAGUUAUCAAUAUAUGAGUUACUUCCUGGUGAUAUUGUACAUCUUGGUAUAGGAGAUCAAGUGCCUGCAGAUGGCCUUUUCCUUUCCGGAUUUGCAGUCUCUAUCGACGAAUCUAGUUUGACUGGAGAAAGCGAGCCAGUAAAAGUCAACACCGAAAAUCCCUACUUGUUGUCUGGAACUAAAGUUCAAGAUGGUUCAUGUAAGAUGCUGGUUGUCACUGUAGGCAUGAGAACUCAAUGGGGAAAAUUAAUGGCAACUCUUACUGAAGGCGGAAAUGAUGAAACCCCAUUGCAGGUUAAGUUAAAUGGAGUAGCAACUAUCAUUGGAAAGAUCGGUCUUAUAUUUGCUAUAGUGACAUUUGCAGUUUUGGUACAAAAACUAUUUGCUAGUAAGAUUAUAGAAGGAACACAAUGGAGCUGGUCUGGUGAUGAUGCAUUGAUGUUGUUGGAAUAUUUUGCUAUUGCUGUCACAAUUGUUGUUGUUGCGGUUCCAGAAGGGUUACCAUUGGCUGUCACAUUGAGCCUUGCAUUUGCCAUGAAGAAGAUGAUGAAUGACAAAGCACUUGUCCGCAAUCUUGCCGCCUGUGAAACCAUGGGGUCUGCAACAACUAUAUGCAGUGAUAAAACCGGGACGCUGACCACCAACCAUAUGACCGUUGUUAAAUCUUGCAUUUGUAUGAAUGUAGGUCAGCCUGACAUCCCAGAAAGCGUUAAGAAGAUUCUUAUACAAUCUAUCUUCACUAACACGGGUGGAGAAGUUGUGAGUAACAAAGACGGAAAGCGUGAGAUACUCGGGUCACCAACAGACACUGCCAUUCUGGAGUUUGGCUUGUCACUUGGUGGUGACUUCCAAUCUGAACGCCAGGCAGUCAAAGUUCUUAGAGUUGAGCCGUUUAACUCUACAAAGAAGCAAAUGGGGGUGGUAUUGGAGCUUCCUGGAGGAAGUGUAAGAGCUCAUUGUAAAGGUGCUUCAGAAAUAGUUUUGGCUGCUUGUGACAAAGUGAUCGACGAAAAUGGUGAAGUUGUAACUCUUGACGAUGAAAAAAUUAACUAUUUAAAGAGUACAAUCGAAUCAUUUGCUGGUGAAGCUCUUCGAACUCUAUGCCUUGCAUAUAUAGACCUGGAAAGUGGUGUCUCAGCCGAAACUCCCAUUCCAUCUUCGGGGUAUACUUGUAUUGGAAUUGUGGGUAUUAAAGAUCCUGUCCGUCAAGGAGUCAAGGAGUCAGUAGCCCUUUGUCGAUCAGCUGGUAUUACUGUUCGUAUGGUUACAGGAGACAAUAUAACUACUGCUAAAGCCAUAGCCAGGGAAUGUGGAAUACUUACAGACGACGGGAUUGCAAUUGAGGGUCCAGAAUUCCGUGAGAAGAGCUUGGAAGAACUGCUUGUACUAAUUCCUAAGAUUCAGGUUAUGGCUAGAUCUUCACCCCUAGAUAAGCACACACUGGUGAAACACUUGCGCACCACGUUUGGUGAGGUUGUUGCGGUUACUGGAGAUGGGACAAAUGAUGCCCCGGCCCUUCAUGAAGCAGAUAUAGGCCUUGCCAUGGGCAUUGCUGGAACUGAGGUUGCCAAAGAGAGUGCAGAUGUUAUUAUUCUAGAUGACAAUUUCUCCACAAUUGUCACUGUCGCUAAAUGGGGCCGAUCAGUCUAUGUUAACAUUCAGAAAUUUGUACAGUUUCAACUGACUGUCAAUAUCGUCGCUUUGAUAGUGAACUUCACAUCAGCUUGUUUGACAGGGAGCGCUCCCCUCACAGCUGUUCAACUUUUGUGGGUGAACAUGAUCAUGGAUACAUUGGGAGCACUGGCAUUGGCAACCGAGCCUCCAAAUGAUGAACUAAUGAAGAGAUCCCCGGUUGGAAGAAAGGGAAACUUUAUAAGCAAUGUCAUGUGGAGGAAUAUAUUUGGGCAGGCUGUUUAUCAAUUUGCAGUUAUUUGGCUACUUCAAUCAAAAGGGAAACCGUUUUUUGGCCUUUAUGGAGAUGACUCCGAACUCAUCCUCAACACCCUCAUUUUCAAUUGCUUUGUCUUCUGUCAGCUCUUUAAUGAAGUUAACUCUCGAGAAAUGGAGAAAGUAAAUGUUUUAGAUGGCAUAUGGAAGAACAAGGUUUUUGUAAGCGUCAUCACUGCAACUGUUAUUUUCCAGAUCAUAAUAAUCGAGUACCUGGGUACCUUUGCAAAUACAUCACCAUUAACUGCGACUCAAUGGUUGUUUAGCAUUUUUACGGGAUUUUUAAGCAUGCCUAUUGCUGCAUUCCUGAAGGGGAUACCUGUUUAGGGUAACAUGAUGAAGCCGGGCUGCUACUUGAAGAUGGUCUUUUCAGCUUGCCCGGGCUUCACUAGAUUUAGCUUUUUUAUGCCAUCCGGGCUACCAAUGCUUUUAGCAGACUACUGUGAUGGGCAUUUUAUUAACUUCGGUAGAAAACAAAUGAAAAUUUAAAAUUGUAACCUGGCAUCUUACUACUGGCCUACUCUUGUAAGAUCCCUUGCAUUAUCUUCUUUAGGUAUCUGUGUAAGUAUACUCUUGUACAGUUAUUUGGUUUAUUCAUUUCGAAUGUUUUCUAA